UUAAUGUAAGCAAUUUGCUUUGAUAUUUCUCGUUUCCUAUACCUUUAGCAACGUUUACAAACUUGUAAAGCAUGUCUCUGCCUGCGGUAUCGUUCCUCAAAGCUGCCUCGUGCUAAGACAAAAUUAGCUCUGGACAAGUGCCGUGCUUCAGUGUGUAUAUCAAGAAAUAAGAUAAAAAUGCAUCUGGAUGUAGAUGUUUUCAGAGUGUAUAGGUGUGUACGAAUGAGUUUGUAAAAUUGUAUGGUUAAAUUAAUUGCAUAAACGCACUUUGGCUGGCUGGCUAGCUGGCGUGUUUCUACUUUUAAGAACACGUGGUGAUCGUGGUUGUAUGUUGUUAUAUUCCUCAGGUGUCCAGAGUAAGAAGUGAUGGCCUCGUCUUCAGGUUGCAUGCGUUAACAACGAUCUUGAUGCUGUUAUUCUCCGUAAUUAUUAGCAGCAAACAAACCGUGGGAAAUCCAAUAGAAUGUGUACAUACGAGAGACAUACCAGUAGAAGCCUUCAAUGCGUAUUGUUGGAUACACAGUACUUAUUUCAUGACUGGUGCUAUGCUCGGUGUCGCAGGAACAAAUGUUGCCUUUCCAGGUGUCGCUUCGUCUUUUGGCAUUUUACAAGCACGUUAUCAGGAUAAAAAUUAUCAUCAUUUCAACAACGAUCAAAAGCAGAGAGUCAAGUAUUAUCAAUGGGUUGCCUUCAUGCUUAUCUUUCAGAGUUUCCAACUUGAAGAUAAUAGAUAAGAUUGAAAUGGUAGCUUAGUAGUUUUAUUUAAUUAGCUAAUACAAAAUUAC